CUGAGCAUAUCGACAAUAUCACAACUAGUAUUACUAGCGAAGAAGAUAUCUUCGUGAAUGGGUGAGGUAUAUAAAAUCUUCCGAGUCAAAGUUUCAACCAACUGAUCGGUAGGCUUAUUUGUGCUUUGCUGUUAAGCGUUUUCAAUAUAAAACAUUACACAAAUCUGGCAGCAUAUACUUCUCUCAGAAACGCUGGUAGCUCUGGUAAUAUUUGACAUACGGCAUUUGCCGUCAGGUGUGAAAAUUAUAUUUUCUGAUUGUCGUAAAACUAGAAAUUUUCUUUAUUCGGUGCUUUGUGAAAAAGAAAUAGCGGAUUUUAAUUAAACACGAUGGAAAAAUCUAAAGGGAAAGCUUCGAAUGAAGACAUUGCAGAUGGGGAAGUUGCGGGUAUAAAUAAUGGAGGAUCAAUUGAAGAAUGUGAACCACAAAGCAAACGCGUCAAGUUAGAAGCAGAUAAGGGCAACAUUGCAGACUUAACGCUUAAUCACUCUUACACUACGCCCUUAUUUACUGAGCAACUAAAAACACAAUGGAGUUCUAGAGAUAAAGAAGAUUACUAUGAUCCAGCCACCGCUGCAAAAGUGUACAGAGAUCCAUUUCAAGUUUGUCUGUUGCCUGAUCUUUUACAGAAUAAAAUCACCUGCAGAGAACUUGUGGAUGAAAUGGUGCAAAAAGUGCAGUGGUCAAGAAAGCAAAUGGAUUUGUAUGAAUUUUACCAAAGUACAGACCUUUCGAACAUGGCCAAUUGCAAGUUACUAACAAGCUUUCUACAAAUGCUGCGACGUACUGUGCGGCCUUGGCUACAGGCUUUAACGGGUAUAAAAUUAGACUAUGUAUCGGCAUCCUGCUCCAUGUAUACCUGCGGUGACUACCUUUUGGUGCACGAUGAUUUACUCAAAGAUCGUCAAAUCGCGUUUAUUUACUAUUUAUCACCAUGGGAGAAUGCAGAGCAAUGGUGUGAAGAGCAGGGCGGCUGUUUAGAAUUAUUCAGCAGUGAUGAACGUUGCUUUCCAUUAUUCCCUGUAAAACAAAAAGUUUCACCGAAAAAUAAUCAAUUUGUCUUUUUCAAAGUCGGCUCACGUUCAUUUCAUCAAGUGGGUGAAGUAACAACAUUUGAUUAUCCACGUCUAACCAUAAAUGGUUGGUUUCAUGGUGCUUCCAAUAACGAAUUAAUCGCCGACGUUAUGCGCCCAUUUGGAAAACUAGAAUUCACAAUGCCAGAGAAGAAUACGCAUGCAGUUAGUGUAGAUGAAUUUUUGAAUGAAGUAUACUUAAAAGCGCAAACCAAGAAGAGUAUACAAAAGCGCAUCGAAGAUAAUUCAGAAAUAUGUCUAUAUGAAUUUUUAAGAAGGGAAAUAUUUGAACAAGCGUUGGAACAAUUAUUGCACGACGAUACGUUAAAAUGGAGACUGGAAGGUCCAGCGAACGCACAUAAUUAUGAAGUACUUGAUAUAAGCACUGCCAGUGAAACGAUAUCCCGCUUAAUAGCACUUUUUUCAAAUGCCGAAAUGUUUGCCUUACUACGUGACUACACAGAUUUGGAUUUGGCUGGACCCAAUGCAGCUAAUCCGACCUACAAUCUGCAAGUGCAACGUUGGACACAUGGCAACUACACAGUAUUGGGUGACGGUGCCAUAUGCGAAGAGAAUACGCUGGACUUACUUUAUUACCUUAAUGCUAGCGAAGGCGCUGCUGUUGUAACCUACCUAUCACCUGAAGCAGAUGAGGCACAUCAGAAGAAUCAUAAUGACGAAUCAGAUGAUGACAGUAUUGGAUAUGAGAUGGAGCAGGAGGAGGACGAUUCUGUACUUUUAACAAUUACGCCUGUCGAUAAUGCGCUCAAUAUUGUAUACCGUUGUGAGGGUACAACAAAAUUUACAAAAUAUGUCUCACGCAAUACGCCGCUGGAGAGAGGACCGGUCUACGUGAUUUCGUGCAGUUAUAAAGAAUAAUUUGUGUAAAAAUUAUCUUUUUUUUUUUUAAACACCGACGCACAAAUGCUUACAUAUUUAUUUACGGAUAUUUAUGACCAAUCGAGUUAUCCACAGAUGUAUUGCUCGUUAUGUUAGAUUCUUCGAAAGAAACCUAGUUAUAAAUAUUAUAGUAACUGAAGAGCGAAAUUUUCUCAGAUAUUAAAUUAUAUAUUUUUUGAAAAUCAAAAAUACACAUUGUUUAUGAUGCAAAAUACCUACCCUAAGUUUAUAUAUAUCCUUUUAAUUAUUUGCGAAAAUAAAGUUAUUUGAAAAAUUAA